AUGAACGAGACCGCCAGAGACGGCGCCCCGAAACCGACUGAAGCUUGCCAGGCCUGCAAGUAUCGCCACCGCAAGUGCGACUGGGGGAGAAGCGGCUGCCAGCAGUGCAAGAACGCGGGCAUCAACUGCGUGCGCCAGCCGACGCUCAAGUUCCGCUUCUACCCAAAACAGAACGCCCUCACCCGCGCCCCUCCAGGACUAUGGCGCCCUUGUCCGCUGCCGACCGCGCCGGCCGUGUUCUACGAUGAGACUCCGGAGUUGCGAGCUUUGUACGAGGGGGAGAGCCCGCGCCUGUCUGAGGACGCGGAGGGCUCGUUGGGCCCGAAUGUAUCGGCUGAGAGCGCCCCGGCGGGCAGCGUGACCAGCAGCCAGAACGCCUAUCCGUGCCUGGAUGAUUCCACGUCACUGGGACGCCUAAUGAACGAGACCUCACCUUCGACAGACUACUUGAUGGAGGACGUACCCCCUUCCGGGGAGAAUCUUUCAGACGAGAUCUCGCCGCUGAGUCCGCGGGAGGCGCUCCUCGUGCGCAACUUCACUGAUCAUAUGGCGCUGUGGACGGACGUUGCGGAUCCGUCACGAACCUUUGAGACGGUCGUGUCCCAGAUGGCGUUUACGGAUCUCAUUAUUCGAUAUUCUAUCUGUGCCUUCUCCGCGCGACAUUUCAACCGGUGUCGGGACGAAGACGGCGACGGCCUCGCCUUGCACUAUCAGAAUCUAUGCCUCAACCUCCUCAUACCGUCCAUGUCUGGCGGACAGAAGAUCACCGAGAGCGUGCUAACAGCCGUCGCUCUCCUGAGGCAGAACGAGGAAAUGGACGAGGACGAUUAUCGCUUCCACUUGGAAGGCACGUCUCGCAUUCUGAAUAUGGUCCCCGAGUUUUCCACCUUGGGAGGGGUGGCCGAGGCUGCGUGCUGGCUGUGUCUCCGAGAAGACAUCUACGUGUCUCUGACGACGCAGAUACCGCUCAAGACGGGCCUCGACUGCUUCCCCAACUCGGUCUCCAUCUGCCGCAAUGACGAUUAUUCCUGGGCAAGCAAGUCCAUUCUCAACCUCGCAUUCCUCCUCAAACGCGCCUUCUGUGAGCCGCGAGAUCCUGCCCAAGUGGCCCUCUCUGAGACCGAGAUCGCCGACUGGAACGCGUCCAAACCGGCAUCCUACCGGCCCAUCUACUUCCGAGAGCGAUCGCGAGAGGAAGGCCGUUGCUUUCCGGAGGUCCUGACGCUGCUGCCACACCACGCCGUCGGGUUGCAGUACUACCACAUCGCCCAGAUUGUCCUCAACGCGAUCGGGUCGCGCAACGUCGUCCACACGCACGAGUACCUAGCCGAGAGCAGGGCGAGAGAACGACGCAUUCGGCAUCACUUGUUCAUGGUCCUGGGCCUGGCGACGUCGAACGAGAGGGCGGAGAACACAUGGUUCACGGCGCGACACUGCCUCGCUGUCUGGGGCGCAUACCUGCACCACCCCGCCGACCAGAACGCCGCGCUCGAGUUUCUGGAGAAGUGGCGGCGGAGGUCCGGAUGGAAAACUUCGGCGUUGAUCGAAUCGCUGCAACGCCAAUGGAGGGAGAACAUCGAGGACGACUGA